AAAAUAGUUGAGAAGUUUCAUCGUGACCCCAACCUACCAGCUAACAGUGACAUUGCCCAGCGUACAUUCUUAUUUGAUGAGAGGAAGAUACAAGUCGUGUAUCAUUUUGAGGACAACAGGAUAACCCCAUCAUCACGGGAAUUCUAUCUACCAGUCCUCACUGGGGAUCAAGCACAGCAACUCACAAUGAACCCUGAUAUGACAUCAGCUUACCAAGUUGAUUCUUAUAUGACAGAGCCCAAGCAGAAAGUGCUGUAUGAUAUGUUGGAGGGACUGCUAAAAGCUCAGGAAGACAGUGUCACUGCUGUUAGACUAUCAGAAAAAGAGACUGAGUCAAUACUCUCUGCUCGUAUGCAAGAGGAGCUCAAUGCUAUACUAACAAUAUCAGUCUAUGAUGUAGCUAGGAACGAAACUGCAAGACAGCACAGACAAGAACUAGAAAGGAAGCAAAUGGAGGAGGAGAGGAUAAGACAGGAGAAAGAGAAAGACUAUCUUGCUCCAUUUUUAGCUCGCCAUGGUGACCCACCCACACUCACAAAGGAGCAGAAGAAGAAGGUCACUGAGGAGUGCCUUAGCGACAUGAAGAAGAGACUAGUUGAUGUCGCUAAUAUAAUACAAUCACACUUCGAGAGA